AUGAAUGAAUUGAAUAAUUAUCUCGAGGAGGAAACAAUUGUUUCUUUGUUCAAGAACCCAGAGCAAGAGGUAUUAAAUGUAAUCAUAAGUGCAGGAAAGAAUCUAAAUGAGGUAAUAGUGGUUAGAACAGAACAGACUUUACUUCACUGUGCAGUUGAACAUCAAUACGAGAUGGUUGCUGCAACGCUGCUUGGAUAUGGAAUGAACGGACUAACUAAGGAUAAGUCGGGAGAAACAGCAUUAGGUCUUGCAAUAAAGAGGAAAAAGUCUGAUAGCAUGAGUGCUCUUAUUGCCAGAAGUAUGAAGCCACUUGAAUUACGAAUAUUAUUUGGACUAUUAUGGGAGGAAGACGAGAAUAAGGACCAAGUGGAAAAAGAGUUGGACUUAAACGAAGAUUUGCUUAAUAGUAAUUGCUACUUUACGGUAACGCUAUUUUCUUUGUAUAUGUAUUUCCAAAUUUAUUAG